AUGAAGUUCGAGCUUCGCGAUACAGACGUGUCCGUCGCGAACGUGCUUCGCCGAGUCAUGAUGGCCGAAGUCCCCACCAUCGCCAUCGAUCUUGUCGAGAUCGCGAACAACACCUCCGUGCUAAACGACGAAUUUAUCGCGCACAGGCUAGGCCUCAUCCCAUUGGUCAGCGACCGUGCGAUGUCCAUGAAGUUUUCUCGCGACUGCGACGCGUGCGACGGUGACGGCCCGUGCGAGUACUGUGCCGUGGAGUUUACGCUGAACGUCAAGUGUACGGGAGAUGAAACGCUGGACGUUACAACUCAUGAUCUGGUACCGUCAUCGAGUGAUGACAGUGACGACGCUGUGCUUCCUGUGGAUUGCACGAGACGAACCGAAGGGGAGGACGGCGAGGAGAAAGGAAUUGUGAUUCUGAAGCUGCGGAAAGGUCAAGAAAUCCGCCUGCGUGCGAUUGCGCGCAAGGGCCUGGGGAAGGACCACGCCAAGUGGUCCCCUGCGUCGCCAGUGACGUUCAUGUACGAGCCAGAGAUCACCAUCAACCACACGCUCAUGGACGGCAUGACGCUGGAUGAGAAGCGCGAAUGGGUGGACUCAUGUCCCACACAAGUGUUCGGUAUCGACGAACAUGGACAGGUGUAUGUGGAGAAUGCGGAGCUUUAUGCAUAUGAUGAUGAGGUUAUUGUCAAAGCAGAGGAGAUGGGCCGGCCUGGUCUAGUGGAGAUUCGGCCACGCCAGGACAGCUUCAUCUUCACGGUUGAGUCGAGUGGAGCUUUGUCUGUAGAGAGGAUGUUUUUGGAUGCAAUUGAGGUUCUUCGGCAAAAGAUUGAGGCAGUGAGGCUGUCAGGGGAUGGGGAUGAGGGUGAUGAUGAUCAUCUGGCCACGUUUAUGCGCCGUGCAAGUGCGUUCAGCAUGGUUCACGAGACGCGGCCCGAGCUGCAUCACCCUCCGGCGCCGCACCACGAGAACGCGGCGUGGAAGGGGUUCGUGGAGGGCGGCGUCGCUUCCAUGGUCGCCGGAGUCGCCACGCACCCGCUGGACCUCCUCAAAGUUCGCAUGCAGCUUCUAGGCGAAGGGUCUGCAAAAGCGGCGGCGGGAGCGACGGGAGCGCCCGGCGGGGCGCUGCGGGUGGCGGCGGAGGUGGUGCGAGAGAACGGCGUGAAAGGGCUCUUCACCGGCGUCUCUGCGACCAUGAUGCGACAGAUUCUGUACAGCGCGACGCGCAUGGGGAUCUACGACAUCUUGAAGCACAAGAUGGAGGAGCAGCCGCACAUGGCGCCCGGGGGACUCCCCAUGUACAAGAAGGUCGGCGCUGGGCUCAUCUCCGGCGCCAUCGGCGCGGCUGUUGGCAAUCCCGCUGACAUGGCCAUGGUCCGCAUGCAGGCGGACGGUCGACUGCCAGUAGAGCAGAGGCGCAACUACAAGGGUGCUCUGGACGCCAUUGCGCGCAUCCGCCGGGAGGAGGGCGCUGCAGCGCUGUGGCGGGGGUGUGGGCCCACUGUGUACCGCGCCAUGGCUGUCACUGCAGGCCAGCUUGCAACGUACGAUCAAGCGAAGGAGAGCCUUAUAGCAGGCGGUUACAUGAAGGAGGGCCUUGCUGCGCACACAGUGGCGGCAUUCACAGCAGCCAUCUUCGCUUCCCUCGCCUCGAACCCCUUUGACGUGGUGAAGACGCGCCUCAUGAACAUGCGCAAGCCGGAAGGAGGGGGCCCACCGCCUUACUCGGGCCCCUUGGAUUGCGCCAUGAAGACCAUCCGGCUGGAAGGCCCCCUCGCGUUGUACAAGGGCCUCAUCCCAACUAUUGUCCGGCAAGGUCCCUUCUCGCUCAUCCUCUUUGUCACGCUUGAGCAAAUGAAGAAGAUUAUGGAAGGCAUUUAG